AUGAUCAAACGGAAACCAGUUGCGAACGGGAACCCAUCGGUGGAUACAAAACAAGAAUCGCAAGCUAAAACCCCAAUUGCGACCUCACCGACCUAUCGGAUCCCUCGCAAGCCGCUUUCUCCCGUGGCGGUAGUUCCAAAGGCUUUUAUUUGGCCAACCAUAGUAGAAACGACAAAUGGGAACCUCGGCCUCGCCGAAAGAUCAGAAACUACUAGUACUACAUCUUCUACAAAAAUCGAAAACGUAGAUGGUAGCGACCAUAAAGCUUUCUUAGCAAAGACCCAAAAUGGCUCAAUCGAACAUGAAACCUACUUUCGCCAAGUAUACACUCGAGAAAGUGUCGUGAGCGGGGAUACAAGACCUCACAUUUUUGAUACAACAGCUAUCGGGGCUGAAGUUCCGACGGGUGUCGAAAAUGCAACAAUUGUGUCGCAACCACAACAUAGGAAUUCAUCGAUAUCACAAUCGAAAUCUCGACUGGACUUUGAAAACAGCGAGAUUACUCUGCAUAGUUCAACUAUAGAAACUUCAGCAAAAGGGGACAGUUGGGAGGAUGGGAAACUCGAUGUAUACGAAGAGUUUACUUACCGUUUUGAAGGCGAAUCCCGCGCUCUUACAUUAAUUUCUACGGAAACAUUGCUGGAGAAAAUAGAUAUCCAACAAAAGAUGAUACUUGACACUGGUUUUGCCUGUGGUAAUAUUACUCGGUCAUCCGUGGGACCGAUAUCAAAAAUGGUUAAUAGGUGGCUUACAUCUCAAAAUUUAUCUGGAUGGCCUUUUCAUUUUCCUGCCGACUUGCCUUUCGAAUCGACGGCAGAGCUCGACAACCUACUUCUCGAGCUCAAAUCGAAUGAAAUCGACGAAAUCCUUGCUGACCCGGUAAAAUCACUUCUGCAGCGUAAAUAUUGGAACAUGCUUUGGAAAAUAUCCAUUGUCAGCCGUUGUGUAUGCAACCAACUCUUUUCUACAGGCACCAUCGAGGAUUUAUAUCUAUCUUACACUCGAAUGCCAGUAAACGAUACAAUUCCCGACCGACCAGUAGUCAGCAAGCUCCUCAUCAGUGCGCUCUCUCGAGAAUUUGACGAUGCAAUUUCGAAAAGUUUGUUAAACAAGGGAUACAUACUACUAAAAGCCGGACUAGUCUGGAAUGGCGCUCAGUCGGUUUUGAAGCAUUUAUACCACUACCAACUGAGCUAUUUUUCCAUCGAUGAAUGUCAUCAAUUUCGGAAUGCGGUACUAUUAGGAUUCUGGAAGCAAUUUUUGGAGAAUAUCGCAUCUGAGAGCCCGCGGUUGGAACCACUACCGUUUGACAGUAUCCUAGAGUUAUUUUGUGUUCUUCAGGGAUUCGAAAGGCCUCAUGAACCUCCAAGGUACUUUCCAAAUUCGCAUCCGGACUUACAAUACUUGGUCACGACGAAUUUUUCAACCCCUAGUGAAUUAGAAAAGUAUAAGCUAGUCAGAAAGGAAGACGAGUAUCUCCUUCAGGAGUAUCUCAUAUCCCGCCAAAGGGCCAUUCGGAAUAAAGAAUGGGAUGUGGCAAUUACAAUCAUCGAUCAAAUGCUGUCUUCGAUAUACCCCGGUGUCGAAGAGGCCAAACGAUGGUUAGCGGUCAAAGCGUAUUUACUAGCCAUCACACAGGACUGGAACGGGUCCAUAUCCAUUCAGCAGCUAUUACAGCAAGAACCAUUGAAUACGAAUGAUCGCCUUCGCCUCGAAUUGUACUUCACAAAUUCAAUGACAGCCCUAGUCCACCAAAGAAACUCACAGGCUGCUCGAAGUUUCUGUACCGCAGCAAUUCAACUCCCGGAUUUUAUAGUCUCGGAAAAUGAGCGAGUGUGUGAUAGGAAGAAUGCGGAUAUACUUUAUGGAAUCUUGGAUCCCAAUGCAAAUUGGGUAGUCGAAAAUAAAGAAGAUCAUAUAAGAUGCUUACAAAAGGCGCUUUCUGCAUGGGGACAGGGAGGACAUUUAUUCGAACCCGGAGCCCCGUUUCAUUUUAUUAUGAGUACUCCUAUACAAUAG